AUGCCCUUUGUGUCUCUGCACUACUAUUUUGGAAAUGCAUUUUGUCGGUUCCAUGUCACUGCAUUCUAUCUCCCUUUUUCUGAAGCACCUCUCUCUCACUCUUUUCUAUAUUUCCAACCAAACAUCUCUUCUCUCUCUCUUAUGUGUCUAGCUCUUUUCUCGACUUGUCAUGCACUCUCCACCUCUCUUCGCAUUGCCGCAAAAAUCGACGAAGGCUUCAGUCGUGGCCGCUCGGGUGCCCGAGCGCGGUGCCGCGGCUGUCAGAGGCCCACAAAUGGUCUUAUAUUCCUGAACGAUUGGGAAACCUGUUCCUCAUAUCACAAAGGAGGCUGGAAGCUUGUUGAAUUCAUUGAGGUCAAUGACGCAUCGCUUCUCACACACGUCUUGAAUCGAACGUGGCUUUACUGUAUUAAUGAAUUGAGCAACCGUAAUCGAGCCGAGUGAUGCAGUGAUCACCUUAUCGAUUGCAGAACGAGUCAUGCUGGCAAAUGUCCAUUUCGCGUGCCGUAUCGCGUGGACCCAUGGAAUGACUGAAAUUCAGUCCCACGACCACGAAUUCAAAUACAUUUGAAAAUGCAUUCUUCGAGAAGUUCAACGAAUGGUCAUUCUCGAAGAAACUUGUUAACCAGUGACAGAAAAAUAAGUUUUUGAUCACCAUCCCCUAACAGCAAGUAUACCCUACUAAUCAAGACAAGAGGAACUGGACCCAAUGAAUAAUUUUGAAUUAUAAUUGAUUAAUUACUGAACGAUCAGUAAACAUAUUUAUUUGAAUGAAAAUGUCCAGUGGGAAAUU